AUGCGUGUGGUUGUGUGUUGCCAGGCGGGUGCGGUGCUGUCCCGGUUGCGUGGCUGCCCUCUCUCUGUGAGGGUGGUCCGCUGGCAGCAGGAGGACGGCACCGUUUACCGUCCUCUGGUCAAACUGCUGCGGACUCUGAGGACCGACAACCCGGGACUGCAGCUGGUCUCCAAGCAGACUCCGCCGGGCACCGAACCCAACGCCGCAUCCCAGUGUCUCAAGGACGGAAGGAUUGUCUACAUCGUGCAGUACUUGGGCAAAGCUAAUAUAGGAAUGUUUGGCGGAAAAGAAGUGUUACAGCACGCUAUUCCUCAGGUUCUGCACAAGAAUCUGGAGAGAAAGGAAGUGCUGCUGGACCUGAAGGAAACACAUCUGACGUGUACGGACAAAAACAAUAAGACGGAAGAGUUCGAGCAUCACUAUCCGGAGAUUUCAUGUGUCGGGAGAUACAGCAAACCAGACUACACCACAUUCGCCUUUUGUGUGGCAGACUCCCCAGAAACCCCCCACUCCACCGGCUUCUGUUGCGUGGUCCUGAAAGCAAACUCUGUAAAGGAGUGUGAAGAUAUAGUUUGUCGCAUUGCUACCGGCUUUAAGCACACAGAGUGGUUUGUAUAG